AUGUUGCCCAAUUCCUCCCAAUCGAUACUUUCCAAGUUAUGGCUGCUUUCAACAUGUAUCACAUUCCUCGUAUCACACACCACUGCAGCUGGUAUUGCGGUCGACUUUGGAAGUCCUGAUUCAAUCAAAUCAGCUGCUAGCACGGUUGCGUAUGACCUUCUAAGCUUCUAUUCAGGCAACAACACCGGCGACACACCAGGAAAUCUGCCUGAUCCUUACUACUGGUGGGAGGCAGGCGCCUUCUUUGGUGCGUUGAUCAACUACUGGUCAUAUACCGGUGAUGAAUCAUAUAACGAUGUCAUCCUGCAGGCAAUGGUUCAUCAGGCAGGAGUCAAGGGCGACUUCAUGCCCAAGAAUCAAACAUACACAGAGGGAAACGAUGAUCAAUGUUUUUGGGCCCUCAGUGCUAUGAUUGCCGCCGAGCGAAACUUCCCUAGUCCACCCGACACCACACCGGAUUGGCUCGCCAUGGUGCAGGCGGUCUUCAAUGGGCAGGCUCAUCGAUGGCACAGUGCAACUUGCGGGGGUGGUUUAAAAUGGCAAAUCUAUUCUUGGAAUGCUGGGUAUUUCUAUAAAAAUAGCAUUUCAAAUGGCUGCUUCUUCGACAUCUCGUCGAGACUAGCUCGCUACACUGGAAACAAGACAUACGCAGAAUGGGCCACCAAGGCUUGGAACUGGUCACAAGAUAUUGGUCUGGUGGGACCUAAUUACGAAAUCUUCGAUGGCACAACAGAAACCGACAACUGCACCAGUCAUGAUCACAAUCGAUGGACAUACAACGCAGGGGUCUGGCUCCACGGCGCCUCUGUUAUGUAUAAUUGGACAUCGUCGAUCUCUGAGGACACUUCAAAUACAUCCGCGGUCUGGCAAGCUCGCACGGAUGGCCUUCUGAAGGCCACUGAUCACUUCUUCUCCAAAAAGAACAUCAUGUAUGAGCCACUCUGCGAGUUUAUCAACAAGUGCAACGUUGAUCAGUUGAGUUUCAAGGGAUAUCUAAGCAGGUGGCUUGCGGAGGUAACCCAAUAUGCCCCCUACACGUAUGACACCAUAAUGUCAACCAAGCUUCGGCCGACGGCGGAAGCUGCAGUGGCACAGUGUCAGGGUGGUGAUACCGGCACAUUUUGCGGUUUCAGAUGGAGCUCUGGCAAAUAUGACGGCAGAACUGGAGUUGGAGAGCAAAUGGGUGUACUCGAAGUGCUCCAAGGGCUCCUUGCCGCAGACGUCGGCGGUCCUUUGACUUCUUCCACUGGUGGAAGCAGCGUAGGAAACAGUGCUGCAGGCACUGAUGAAGAAGAUACCAGUGCCGACACGCCAACUAAACAUAUUGGUAACGGUGAUAAAGCUGGGGCGGCGAUUCUGACCUUUUGUUUUGUUUCUCUUAUCGGUGGUGCUGUAUAUAUGAUGAUUUCUUGA